CACCGAAUCUCGGCCGGCUCCUCAUCACCCAUCUCGCCUCUUCGUCUUCCUCCACGCCUUUUGCUGCCUCGCCUCAACCAUGGAUGAGAACUACGACGUCAUCGUUCUUGGCACCGGCUUGACCGAAUGCAUCCUCUCCGGCCUCUUAUCCGUGGAGGGAAAGAAGGUCCUCCACAUGGACCGAAACGACUACUACGGUGGCGAGUCGGCCAGUUUGAACCUCAGCCAGCUCUAUGCCAAGUUCCGCAAUGGCCAGACCCCUCCCGAAUCCUUUGGCCGCGAUCGCGACUACAACGUGGAUCUGAUCCCCAAGUUCGCCAUGGCCUCGGGCGAGUUUGUCAACAUCCUCUACCACACCGAUGUCACCCGCUACCUCGAGUUCCGUCAGGUUGCUGGCUCGUACGUCUACCGCAACGGAAAGAUCUCCAAGGUUCCCGCCAACCAGCUGGAGGCCGUCUCGUCCCCUCUGAUGGGUCUCUUCGAGAAGCACCGCGCAAAGUCCUUCUUCGAGUUCAUCCAGAACUACGACUUCAACAACGCCACCACCCAGCAGGGCCUGGACCUCAACGUCGCUACGAUGGCCGAUGUCUACAAGAAGUUUGGCCUGGACAGCGGUGCCCAGGACCUGAUCGGCCACUCCCUCGCCCUCCACCUCGACGACUCGUACCUGAACGAGCCUGCCCGCGAAACCUACGAGCGCAUCUGCCUUUACAUGAACUCGAUGGCUCGCUACGGCAAGUCGCCCUACAUCUACCCCAUGUACGGCCUCGGUGAGCUCCCCCAGAGCUUUGCCCGUCUCUCUGCCAUCUACGGUGGCACCUACAUGCUCCGCAAGCCCAUCGAGAGAGUCAUCUUCGAGAACGAUCGCUUCGUCGGCGUCCAGAGCGAGGGCGAGACCGUCAAGGCCCCCAUCGUCAUCGGCGAUCCCUCGUACUUCACCGACAAGGUCACUCUCACUGGCCGUGUCGUUCGUGUGAUUUGCCUGCUGAACCACACCAUCCCCAACACCGGCGACGCCGACUCUAUUCAGAUCGUCAUCCCCCAGAACCAGGUCAAGAGAAAGAACGACAUCUACAUUGCCGCUGUCUCGUCCGCUCACGCCGUCUGUGCCAAGGGCUACACCAUCGCCAUUGUCUCGACCAUUGUCGAGACCAGCACCCCCGAGCUCGAGGUGCAGCCCGCCCUUGCCCUGCUUGGCCCCAUUGCCGAGAAGUUUGUCGAUAUCAAGGAGCUCUACGAGCCUGUUGCCGAUGGCACUGCCGACGGCGUCUACAUCUCCAAGUCCUACGAUGCCACCUCGCACUUUGAGACUGUGUGCCAGGAUGUCAAGAACAUCUACAAGCGCGUCACCGGCCAGGAACUCAAGGUCGAGGGCAAGGUCCAGAGGAAUGAGGAGGAGACCCAGGAGUAGACGCCACAUUCCCAAAACCACACAUUCGCGCGCUCUUGCCCUUCCUUUCCGCCCUCUCUGUCUGCCAAAAUACACCUAUUCCGAGAUGAAACGAGCCCCCCUUGCGGUUUCGUGCCAACAAUAACCGUUGAGCGAUGGUAGUUGUC